AUGAGUGAUGAUCUAAAAAUUGGAGUAACAGAAUAUUUUGUUGCUUCUAUCCUAAACGAAGGAAAAUUGAACCAAGAUUUCAAAAGCAGCAUCCCAAGAGAAAUUGCGAAACGAAUCCUCAAAGAAAAAAAAGCCCAGAAAAUCAUUUUGAGUGCAUUUGUUAAGCUUUAUCCCUAUAUGAGUGGAGAAAUCGCAAAGUUUCAAAAAAGAAAAACCCAAACAAAAAACAAAAAAAUUGAUGAGGCCGAAUUAGAGCAACAAAUUUUCAUAGAAAGAUCAGGCAGCCUCUUCCUAAACAACUAUAGACUAAUCCAGCAGCAAGUCGCCUCAUUGAAAACUAUGAUAGCAAAAGAGUCUAAUAAAGACGAAGCUGAAGCUGAGAAAAAUCUUAACGAGAAUAACAAAAAAGGAUCAUUCCAUAACGACCGUAUUGUAUCUUUAUUAACUGAAAUCACCAAAAUUCAACCGAUAACUAUGGGUGAGUUUCAGGAAAUCAGCAACGAAGCUUGAUCUCGGCACAUGGAACUUGAAAAGUUGCUGAGAGAAGAAGUGAAAAAAUAUGAAUAUAAAUUCAACAGAGUUGAUGCAAAAUACAUGUACAAAUUUAACUGGAUUAAAGAAAAAGCUGGUGUAAAAAUAGAUAAACUUGAAAAAACUAUUGAAGAAAAUUGAGAAAAAUAUAGAGUGGAUAUUGACAGAGUGGCUAUGACUUUGGAAGAUGAAUAUUCAAUACAAAAUGAAAAUUAUGCAAAAGAAGAAUCUGAAAUUGCUAGGAUUAUUACAGAAGAAGGAAUUGAUUUAGAGUCGAUGGGAACAAAAUAUAAAGAAAUCUUGUCGGUUAAGAGAAUUUUGGAAAAAAAGCUAACACAGGCUGAAAAAAUUAUUAAAGGUUUGGAUGGGAAACUUAGAACUGCUUUUCAAACUUUGAGGAAUUUAGAACAACAAAAUUCAUCUCAUUUUGCGAAAAUGAAAAUGCUGACAACUUGCUUUCUUUUGCUUAUAGAUAAAUCUAGAUUAAUAAGUGAUCAUAAAGAAAAAUGCAGAAUGUGCAUUGCUGAAGAAAGAUAUGAUGUGCUGGAAAAGCUAUUUUUAGAGGGCGAAGUCCUUGAAAGUCCAUUACAAGAGUUUUUAAUAAAAAGGCUAUAUGAUGUCAGAGAAGCUUUAGGAAUUCUUUCUCUUGCCACAAAUGAAGAAGCAACCCGCAUGAGGGUAAGCAAAAUCUUGAAUGAGCUGAGGGUAGAUAAUAUCAUAACUGAUGGGGAAAGACAAAGAUACGAAAAAAUAGCAAACUUGCAGGAAUUAAUAGAGCAAGAGCAUUACCUCAUGCUCCAAAAAAGCAAGUCACCUAAGAAAAAUAGGAAAAAAUCUUUAAGGAGAAGAGUAAAAACACCUCAAAAUGAACGAAUUGCUGAAAUACAAGAUAUCGAAAACCUAGCACAGGUAAUCCCUGAAUUGGGCAACGGAGGUGAAAAAAGUGACAAAAAUGAGAAAAUUUCAAGAAUUAAAGAAUUUUUGCCAAAACAUGAAGCCUUAAAUACAAAUUUAAGUACUCCAAAAGGAAGAGAAACAUAUGAAGCAAUUUCAAAAAAAAUCGAAGAUGAUGCUACAAGGGACAAGUCUACAGGUAGAUCCAAAGCAAAUCAUCAUAAAAAGCCUUCUAAUGUUCCAAAACUCAAUACAUCUGCCAAAGUCUCCACGGAAGAGACCAAAAAAUCUCAAGAGCUUUUAAAGCGAGACAUUUCUUAUACGAACGAAAGUCCUUCUACAAUGCAUACAGAACGGUUUUUAGACCAGCAAAAUAAAGAGCAAACUCAAGAAAAUUUUUAUGAAAGCUUAUCAAAUAAUGAGGAAAAUAAAUAUGAGACUGAAGAAGAAAUCCGAUAUUUAGGGACUGAACUGAGCGAUAAUGAUGAAAUUAAAAGUGAUUCUGAAGAAAACUACAGUGAUAGCAUUGAGAUCGCCAAUGAAAAAGAAAGCAUAGGAAAUGAUAAGCAAAGAAGAAGAAUUGUAACUCAAGUGGUAAAAAAUGAUAAAGGAGAAAUUGUGAUACAAAAUGUUAAUAUAAACAAAAAUUUAAAAAUCAAGUAUAAGUAUCAUCCACAGUCGUUUGAAGGUAAAAUAAUCAAUAUCAUAUCUUCUGAUCUAUUGGAAAAUAAAAAAAUUUCCGAAGCGUCAGGAUUUAAAGACUUUUUAAGACUGGAAAUAAAAGAUGAUAUGAAAGUAAAAGAUUUAAUCCUUGCUGCAAUAGCCAAAUAUUUUGCAAAAAAAGAAAACCAGUCUACUCAAACAGAAAUCGAUUUAGAUAUUUUAAGGAACUAUAAAGCCUCUCAAAAAGAGCAAGCUACUAAAGACGCUGAAGAUAGUAGUUUAAAAUUUGAACAAAAAUCGGCAUUCGGAAAAUUAUUUUAUAUACAAAGUUUAACCAAAUAUUACACUGCAAGACAAAGCGUUUUAGCUCAAAACUCUUCUCCUAUGGCAAAGGAAUAUACAAAGAGAGUAUUUUAUGCUGCCGAAAAAUAUGGUCUUGAAUUUGAUAACUCCCCACUCAAUGAGCGAAGAAACAAGGGGUUAUUUAUUUUAAAAAUUUUUAAAUCUAUUUUAGGAUAUUUGAGAUAAAAUUUAAUUUAAUUUGAAAAUGACUCAAUAUUUUUAUUAUACUAAUUAUUACUUAUCAAAUGAAAAUUUUAUACUUAAAAAUUCUUGUUCGCCCAUGGAGCUUUACCAAAAAAAAAUAGGAUUUUCCAGUUGUUUUGUUCACUCACCAAGGGAGGUGUAAACAGAUUCAGAAAUUAAACGCAAUGCCUGAAGAAGAUGAAUGUGAUAAUAUAUGAGAAAAAAUUAUAAAUAGGCGUGUCAGUGAAAGGAGAAAAGAUGCAAUUACUAAUUAUUUAUGCAACUUCAUAGCGACAGAUCAAUAUGCUGAGCGUGCAUAUGAAGUUAUACUACUCCUUAAGCAGCACAAUAUUUAUAAACUCGCUUUUAUCAUUCAUUACUACUUGACUAAAGAGCAGCAACCAAUAGGAAAAUGACGUCGGCUAAUGCAAUCAGUAUUAAAAUAUCAAGCUAAAAACUUACUCCCCCCCCCUUAAAAUUGGAACUAAAAAUUUUGUUCCAAUUUAAAGGGGGGUUAAGAAAAUUUUUUUUAAAAAAAAAUCAUUAUAAAAUGUUUUAUAAAAAAAAAAAUUUAUAUAAAAUUUAAAAAAAAAAAAAAUUUCAAAAAUUUAUCGAAUUAGAUUAAUAAAUUUGUUUAAUAAAAUGCUAUUUACUCUUUAUCCUUUAAAACAAAGCAAGAUAUAACUAAAAUUUUAUUAUUAAUUAAUACGCCACUAUUAAUUGGUAUCAAAAACUAUUUACACAAGAAUUAUUAUUUUUAUUGAUAAAAAAAAAUUAAAAAAAAAAAAAAAUUUAGAAAAUUUAUUAAUCAAAGUGCUAAUUUUGUUUAAAUAAAAUGUUAUUUAUACUCUAUUCUUUAAAAUAAAGCAAGAGAUAAGUAAAUUUUGAAUUUUUGUAAAGAAUUCGCAUUGAAUUUAUAUCAAAGCUAUUUAAAUAAAAAAUAUCAUUUUUAUCAAAAAAAAUAAAAUUUUUUUGAAAAUUUUUUAAAACAAAAAAAAAUUAAUUUUUUUAAAAAUUUGCAAUUAAGGAUAAUAAAAUUAUUUAAAUAAGAUGCUCUUUAUACUCUAUUCUUUAAACAAGAGCAGGAUAUAACUAAAUUGUUAAUUUUAGUUGAGAAGAAACAUUUAAAUUAUAUCAAAACUUUUUACAUAAAAAUUAUGAUUUAUAUAUAUAACAUUUUUUAUUAUAAAAUUAAAUUUUGUUCCAAUUUAAAGGAGGGUUAAUUUACCAAAAAAGUGGAAAUUUUACCUAUAUUUUGUUCCAAUUUAAAGGGGGGGGGGAGUUAGGGAAAAAUUUUCAAAAUUGCGAGGAUUAUAAAGAAAUAUGAUACAAUUUGGCAAAAAAUAUUAAAUAUGUAUCAAUAAGUAGGCCUAAAUUAAUAACACCCAAAGUGCAGCCUGAAUUGCUUAACUUAACUUAUAAUAAUCUAGAUGAGUAGCAUCUCGCUUAACGUCUGUUACGGAUUUUCUGCACCAAAAGCUUCUGCCAUUCUUGCACUUGUCGGCCUACAGACCGCUGGGCUGACCUGCGUAGUUUCUAAAGGCUCUAUCGCUACCGAGUGAUGGAAGUGUAAAAAUCUCAGGACUUUCAAGUUCCUACGGACAGGCCUAAUGGCAGACACCCCUCUUCAAGUUAUUUAAAUGUCUUGGUUGAGAUAAGGCUGACAGCAAAAGCAAGUCUCAUAAUCAUAAACGCAAAGUGAGUGGUACUGAUCGGCAGAUCAGUGCCUUACGAAUGCUGCCAUUUAUGAUUGUGCACCCUGAAUUACAGUUCAAAAGUAAAAGAACAGUAACUCCCUCAUUAAGGUCCCUCAAAAAAACCACUAAUUCGCCUUUUUCCAAAUCUGUCCUGAUGUCCACCACUCCUCAGCCUCAAACUAAAGUUUCUUUAAUGCCUAAAUAUCAAUUAAACAUUCCAAAAGAGCAAAAAUUGUAUUCCACUCAAAAAAUCGAAAAACAAGAAGAAGAGGAUGCCCGUAACUCAGGAGGACUUUCAGCAAGAACCCCUUACAGACUUCCACUUUUAUAUUAA